UUUUCUUAACGGCCAUUUCAGGCAGACUGGGCUUUCUGCACAUUAUAUCAUUAUCAGAAUGCGACUGAUUGCCUUCUUAGCUUUGUUCAUAAUAGCAAGAUGCAGAAGAUCGUCUCGCUACAAGACCUGGAGGGCCGACCAGUAUUCGCAAACAUUCCGAAACUUGCGCUCUUCUCCCGAAUUUAUAAAAAUCACAAAAAGCCUUAGUAUGACCGUCGGUCAGCAGAAACAGGCUCUUCGCGACUUAGCCUCGAGAAACAGAGUCCUGGGUGAAAUGGAGGACUACAUUGAAGCAUCAGAUGCUAAGCUAAGGCAGAUGAAAGCGAAAACACAGAAAAUUGCCGAAGAAUUGCCAAGAGGCUUGCAAGAAUAUUGGAAGAUCAUGGAAUACCCAUAUCAGACUGCAGUGGAGAAACACUAUGCAUUAAAAAAAAUCAAACUUCAAAAUCCGGCUCUUUUCGAAGUCAUAAAUUUCAUGGUCGAUUCUAAGAAACAAUGCCCUACAAAGAAAAUGAAAACGGGAGAGCGUUCAGGAAGAUUUGAUAGUUCCGAGAAGAACACCCCCCGGGGUAACCCCUAUCAGAAAGUUCGCUAUAUCAAUCCGCUCGUAUUGUCCGAAACACGAGAUCACAGAAAUAGAAUAGAUACGGGAAGAGGAAGCUCACAUGGAACUUCCAUGUUUAUGGGAACAUCAUACGACUUCGACAUGGACGGAUUGACAUAUUUACGAUAAAAAUCAACACUUAC